AGAACAAUCAGGUGAGAUAUUCAAUUCCGUUUGUAAGGUAAUAUAAAUUUUUGUUACAUAAGUUACAAGGCACACUAAACAAUACAGCUAUAAGGUUUAUUCCCGAAAGUGUGAAUUCAAAGUGAAUUCAUGGAGAAUUUUAAAUUAAGGCUAAAGUAGUCAGACAUAUUUUUUUUUACCAAUUUGACUAGUUUUGCCUUAAAUUUAAAAUUAAUUCUAUAUUCUCACUUUUAUGAGCAACCAUUGAAAGAGAAUGAAUAAAAUGGACAUAAGGAUGUUACAUAUAUUUUUUUGCUUAUGUCACAAUAGUGAAAUAGUGAUCUUUUGAGAUCCCCCUCGAGGAAGGCUAGACGUUAAAACGUUGGAGUUGCUGUAUCUCCUCCUCUUGGUUAGUAUGCCAAUAAGACAAUAGGUUUGUGGGAUUUAUAACUAAGCACUUAUCUGUAUACCCGAUAUGCUUUAUGUGGGUUUGUGAUUCAAAUCACUUUUCCUGUACUAUUUUUAUUAAAUCACUGCAUUAAUAAAUCUUUUUAUAUUCAAACUUAAUCUGGUGAGCUUUGGGUUGUUUUUUUUUAUUGUGUGCAUGCAUCUGGUGGGGGAGCAGAUUCUUCCCAUUAAGCACUCAACACCCUUUUCUACCACACUUUCACCCAUAUAGAGGUUGAGCGCCCACUAGAUAAUUGAAUAUGCAAACGUUUCAUAUAGCCAUGGUCUUUAAAAGAAGACCAUAUUUAAAAAAAGAAAAACUACCACAACAAGAGGACAGUCUUAAAUUAGAGGGCCAAAGGGUUAAAAAUAAUUUCAGGAAGUAUUACUUUACUGAGAGGGUAGUGGAUGCAUGGAAUAACCUUCCAGCUGAAGUGGUAGAGGUUAACACAGUAAAGGAGUUUAAGUAUGCGUGGGAUAGGCAUAAGGCUAUCCUAACUAUAAGAUAAGGCUAGGAUCUAAUGAGUAUUUAGAAAAUUGGGCAGACUAGAUGGGCCAAAUGGUUCUUAUCUGCCGUCACAUUCUAUGUUUCUAUGUCUAUGUUUCUAUGUCCAUGCUUAUAUCUCCCUUAUGUGGGCUGCACUUGAUGUCAUCUACAUUCUCCGAUAGGUUGACAGCUCUACAUGAUAAGGUCCACCACUGUUAAUUGAUGAGUGAAGGAGAUUCCAGAGGGAUUUUUCCAGGCUUGAAUGGUUAAUGAUGAAUGAACAGGUUGCCAUAUAGAUAGCAGAGGGUAAGAUCGGGAUCCAAAUAGGGAAUAAUCCAUAUUGUUAAUUACAUAUCAAAUGGUGUCAUUUCACUGUUAGAGGGUGAUUUGUAAUAUGUAGGUUUGUGAAUUAAUUAUUUCCUCUCAAAAGGUGUGGGGUGACUUGGCAACACCAGCAAAUGUGUUUAAAAUUAACCCAUGCUUUUUAAUUACUCCAAGGAAUAAUCACGGUGCAUAAAUAGAUUUGUGCUAAAAGCGUAUGUGUGAGAUACCGGCAAAAAAAAAAAAGUACUUAACAUGAACAAUAUAUUUUAAAACUAUUUUGCAAAAGUUUGAUGUAUUAUUCCACUUAUAUCUGGAUAUAUUUGUUGGGGGUGUGUUAAACAUUAAUGUCUUGUACUAAACGGAAAUAUAAGAAGAAUAAAAACCCAUUUUUAGUACAUUUGCACUUGUUUCUCAGAUUGAUGUGCCUUUAGGACAAUAAAAACAUCCAGUGGACAUAAGUGCACAGUAUUAUUCAUAAAGUGCAUGCAAUACAAGUGCACAUUACAGCAAAUAGUGAAGCAAUAAAGUACAAUAUCCUUGUAAAGUGAUCCACACUUUACUUACAUACAUAAAUCUCCAGAAUGUCACGUAUGAAAAUAAAAAGAACAGAAAACAAUAUAGUUCAAUAACAUCUAAAAUAUAUGGAAAAUAUUGGUAGUGCAAUAUAACUCACAAAAGUAGAGCAGAUAAGUCUCCUCAAACUAUAGAUGCUCCUCUCCACCACUGUAAUAUGACUCUUCAAUAGGAGGACAGGCAGAUGCAGGAGAUUAGGCAGCAAGGAUUUUCCAAAAUCUUCAUUUACCGCAAAUGUUACAACAGCUUCUUUAAAAAAACACUCCAAACAGAACUUUCAGAAAGAAAUGAGUGCAGUCAAUAAAGCCCCCAGGUAGAGUAGUUCACAGUACCAUCUCUGUGUUAGCCCAAAUGCUAACUCUUUAAGGGCUUGAGCAAUACAGGAUUGGCUUCCACACUCUUCCGGGAGGUGGGGCAGUAGGUUUUCGAGCUUGUUAAAUGACACCUUCAUGUCACAACUUGUUCAAGCACCAACUAGAAAAGAUGCUUAUACAAGAAAAGACACAAGUGGUAAAGAAGCUCAAAAACCUAUGUGGUAUCGCCUAUACCAAUACCUAAAAUCACAUAUUAUAGAAACACGAUAGGUGGAGCAAAUUAUAUACUUCACUCUCUUCUCAAUAAGUCCAGCAAUGCCGCAAAGACAGAGAGGUAUACAGUAGUGCAGAUAACUCAAACCAUAUAUGUAAAUACCGCUUGUUACAAGAAUACACUCACAAGAGUAGAGCCAUGUAUUUAACCUGGCUCUGGGGUGGAUGACCUUAGGAUCUCUAAGGGUGCUCCAAAUCCCCCUGUGGAUGUAUCUGGAGAGCUGGAUACCUGGUCUGGAUACCUGGAGUGUUGUAAUCUCCACCCAGAAGUAAAUUGCAGGAAAUCCAAAUGGAGUUAAAACAAAAAUGUAUUUAGUAAAAUACAUGGAUAAAAUAUAUAUGAAUAAAAAUCUAUAAUUAAUGUCCAAUGUAUUGCCAAAACGCGUUUUGCCUAGCGUGGCUUCCUCAGUUGGCUUUGCUGGUGUUAGCAUGUCCAUUCAGUUCUUUAUAUACUGUUUAUAUUCUGAUUUGCGGUCUUUUUCUUUGAUGGAAUGCAACCUGCAUUCCGAUGGAACGGUUCGCCACAGAUGGCGAACAUAUGCGCUGUUCGGUCCGCCCCCUAUUUCAUCAUUGAGUAAACUUUGACCCUGUACCUCACAGUCAGCAGACACAUUCCAGCCAAUCAGCAGCAGACUCUCCCUCUAAGACCCUCCCACCUCCUGGACAGCAUCCAUUUUACAUUCAUUGUGAAGCUGCAUUCUUAGUGAGCUGUCCAGGAGGUGGGAUGGUCUGGGAGGGAAUGUCUGCUGCUGAUUGGCUGGAAUGUGUCUGCUGACUGUGAGGUACAGGGUCAAAGUUUACUCAAUGAUGACGAAUAGGGGGCGGACCGAACAGCGCAUAUGUUCGCCAUCCGUGGCGAACCGUUCGGCUAACCAUUUGGGACAUCACUAAACCUGCAUUCCACCUGUCCAUCAAUGCUUUACUUCCUUGUUGCAUCAUAUCUGGUCAUGUGUCUGACGUGAUUGCAAUGCUCCUUGCGUUCCAUUAGAUCAGCGACGUAUGUCCAUUCCGAUCAUAUGUACACUCUGCGUGUUUGGAGCGCACCUUGCGUUCCACUAGGUCAAUAGGUAUAGCAGAAGGAAUCUUUAAUAUCACUAUACCUCAGUUCAGUAUUUUGUACAUAGAGAUCAUGGACAUAUUCACUUAUUGUCUUAUAUAAGAGAGAUAAACAAAUAAAUAUAUAUUAAAUACUUUAGAUAUUGCUCAAUAUUAUCCUUUCAUAUUUUGAAAAUACAGACGACAAGUAUUUAAAGUGACAGUGCAGCUGUGAUGUAUAUAUACACACACAUGAUUAAAUCCAGAGUGGGGUAACAAACACAGACAAAUAUUAUUUAAAGGGACAGUGUGAUCAUACUGAGUGCAAACAUUCAAUAUAAUGUCAAGUGUAACAGCACCUGUCAAGUGAAAAGUUGAAGGAAAGGAGGAAUUCUGAUAUAUAAGAUUCAAAUUUGCUCUUAAAUUAAUGGGGUUCUAAAAAUUUUAAAUUUUUUUAAAAAGGACUCAUAAAAAAUAAAUAAGUUAUGAUAAAAAAAAUGACAUAAUUCAAAAUCUUGAUUAAGACCAUAUGGGAUCAGAGUUUUAAAAUUAUACAUGCAUUUCAUUUCCUCUUCUCCUAUUUUCUUCUUAAAAUCUCCACCCCUCCAAACUUUCUGUACCAAUUUAAUGGCAGACAAGAACAUAUUUUUUGGGUCAUUUUUAUGGUGUUUUAAAGUGAUUUGAAACACUAUGUGUCUCCACGCCAUUUUUAAUAUUUCUUAUAUGCUCUGCAAUUCUAGUGCUUCUUCCCACAUAGAUGAGGUCACAGGGGCAUUUUAGGAUAUAGAUUACAUUCUUGGAGAAGCAUGUUAAUUGAUUCUUAAUAUUACUCUUAAUCCUUUUAAUAAUAAAAAAGAGGUAAUGUGUCCUUUUUUCUGAUUGGUUUCUCUACAAACCAAGCAGGAUCCACAACCAUAAAAACCUUUACUUCUAUUUAGAAAAUGAUCCAUUUGCUUUGUCUUAAAACUACUUUUUACUAACAUCUGUUUCAUAUUUUUACACCCCCUGUAUACUAUCUUUGGUUCAGGGGGUAAAAUCUGUUUUAAAAUCGGGUCAUCCUGUAAAAUUGGCCAAUACUUUUUUAUAAUUUUUCUUAUUUUUGUAUUAUUCCCAUUAUGGUUGCAUAUAAACAGGAUUUUAUUUGUAUUCUUCCUUGUAGAUUUUUUUUCUUCGAUGUGGCUCCUUUAUAGAUAAUAAGAUCUUUUCUUUUAAUCUUCCUAACGUCUUCCAUACAGGUCGAUAGUUCCAUUCCAUCGUAGCCUCUUUGUAUAAACUGUUGUUUUAAUCUUAAAAAUUGUCUCUUUGGGGCAUAAGCCAACCAGUGCAAAUAGUGGCAGCUUUUUUGUCAAUAUAGCGGUUUGCAUCUACCUGCUUAAAAUGGUUCCUCGUAUGUAUUUUUGACCCUAAAGUAAAAAUUUCCAGAUCUAAAUUUUUUUAUCUGAUUAGUGCUAUAUGUUGAUGUUAAAAUAAUACCCCAAUCAUUAUUUAAAAAAAUCAAAAAAACAUUUCAGGCUUUCUUCACCAUCUUUCCAUAUAAAAAAAAUACAUCAUCGAUAUAACGGCGAUAGGACACCAAGUUCGCAACAUACGUACUAGGCAGUCCCAUGAGAGAAACUUGUCUGUCCGAGUAGUCUACUGCAAUUCCAAAGCAACCAAAAUACUUUGCAAAGCCUUUUUUACACUUGAAACUUAAUUCUCUAAUGAUUCACAUGUGUUUAUUUUUAUUGCAGUGUGAUUUAAACCUGUUCAUAAUUUUUUUGAACAUAUGUUCUUUACUUUUAAACGUAGCAUCAGAAUAUAAUGGAUUUCUUCUAGGCUUUUUAGGGGGUUUAAAACAAUUUGGAAGUGAAGAAAACUUCUGAAAGUAUGUGUGAUUUAUUUUUUAUAAUACAGCUAUUAGAUUUAUUACCAACCCUAUUACUUUGGUUGGCGUGUAGGGAGGAGCAGUUUUUUUUGGAUAGUCACCCAGAAGAUAAAGGGUUGGGUUAUUGUUCCCAAUGCCUCUAACUGUGGGCGUGCACAGUGGCAUGUCAACCCCCACUUAUCAUAUUUAAUAACUGUCCCAACCAAAGACCAUAGAUGGAAACUGGAUGAAAGCAUUUCCACCCCUAAUGCUGCAUAGAGUCAGGAAUUUUCCACAAUAAGAGAAUACAACAGAAAAAAAGAAAACUUUCAAUUGACUUUUAAACAUAAAAAGCAUGCAUCAAUAAACUAAUAUAACAGAAGUCAACUCAAAAAGUUGGUGUGCAAAAUAAACACAUACAAUCUUGAUUAUACUUAUAUAAAACAUAAUUUUAUAAUUCCUUGUGUGGAACCUAUAAGACAAAAAUAUAAGAACAUCUAGUUCAGAACAUCAAUACACUUUAAAAACAUAUAAUCACAUCCAAUCUUAUGGUUUCAAACUCACUGAAUUUGAGAAGGUUGUGUGCCACUCUCAUUUUAAGAGCCCUGGAGGGAUCAAGCUCAUUCAGUGGAUCCACCAAGCAUAAACUAGACUGCAGACAGAGACUGUUCAUAUUUGUGAAGCUUUUAUUUCUCAAGUAGAGUUAUAAACAUUUAAAACAAAUCAACUAUUUAAAUUCUCAGAAGGCUCUCAGUAGCUCUUUAGUCACUAAGCGGCUCUUCCUCUCUUCCAAUCUAACCUCACAUGCAUAACGCGUUUCUCUCCACCCACAGAGCUUUGUCAAAUGCGGAUAAGGAGCUGUCCGGUUAGGUAGUCUUGUAGGCACCUGAUCAUAACAUUGUAACAGGUACUGUUACUUUUGCAAGGAGUUUCAAAACGGCACAGCUCCAUGCUGGAAAGUCCAUUCCUCUGAUUCCACAUAUGUGGGUUUAUUAAAAGUUAAAAGAUGAUUUCACAAGUGCGAAUUUCGUAAAGGUCCCUUUUCCCCCAAGUAAUUAAUUUAGUAAUUUAAACUAAAUAGUCUUGGAGUCUUGAGAACAUUUUUACACAGACAACCUGAGAUAAAAAGCAUCAUCCAAUAGAAGGAUAUGCCAAAAUGUAUUAAAAUCCUAUUUGAUGUUAUCAUCAUCAUUAUAGUGAUAAAAUAUAGCUUUAAGUGACAUUUGAUUGUUCGCAAGUGUUCCUCUUUAUUUAAUAAUAAGUCACAACUUAGGAAUUGUGGUUCUAUGGCAUCGAGGGGUCUACCUUUUUGGCACCUCUGUUUUAGUAUAUAUUUUUUAGGUGAUUUUUUUUUAUAUUUUGUUUUAUUCGUUCUACCCUAAUUAAUCAAUUUCACAAUAAAGUGCUGUAUUUGUGUGGGUGCUGUAUGUGUGUGUGUGUGUGUGAUGUGUGUUCUGUUUGUGUGAGGAUGCUGUGUGUGUGUGGGUGAUGUUUGUUUGCUGUGUGUGUGUGGGUGUUGUGUGUGUGCUGUGUGUGUGUGUGCUGUAUGUGUGCUUUAUGUGUGCUGUAUGUGUGGGUGAUUUGUGGGGGCAGAUUAGUUAAUAAAUAUCCCCCCUCCCUUCUUACCUUAUGUAGGGAGGGGGGACCGUGCUGCUGCCUUCCCUGGUGGUCCAGUGGAGGUGGAGGCAGAUUACUUAAUAUCCCACCUCCCUUGUUACCUUAUGCCAGGGAGGGGGGAUCCUUUCUGCCUUCCCUGGUGGUCCUAGUGGUGAGAGUGAGCUCUAGCCUGCGGGGCUAGAGUUCACUCUCGCGAGAUCUGAGCGUUGCCGCGGUACCUGCGGCAACGUUCAGAUCUCGCGAGAGGAACCCGGCAGGGCUGCCUGCAAUAGCUCUCCGGGUCCUCUACUGCCUCACUCCCUGCCUGUGGGUCGGUGGGGAGGGAGGCUGAGAGCAGAGCUGGCGCUCGGAUGGCGCCUGCUCUGCAUGUGCCGACAGGGGAGAUCCUGAGAUCUCCUCUGCCGGUCUCAAUACAUAGGCGUGCUGCGGGGAUUAGGGUGUGUCCAGGCACACCCGGCACACCCCGUGCGCAUGCCUAUGGUUGCACACUGUGUAGCAGUGCCCCAGGAAGCACUUCUAGUAGCCAUCUGAGGAGUGGCCAGUGGAGUUAUCUCUAGGCUGUAAUGUAAACACUGCAUUUUCUCUGAAAUACACUGUUUACUGCAAAAAGCCUGAAGGGAAUGAUUCUAGUCACCAGAACAAAUACAAUAAGUUGUAGUUGUUCUGGUGACUAUAGUGUCCCUUUCAUUUAUUCAAUCUGACACUGAAGGAUAAAGACACUGGCGUACAAACUGCGGUUGCAUGGGUCGCAGCUGCGAUCGCCCGGCCCACUAGAGGGCCUGGCUACCCUGUGACCCAUUAUGUAUUCCAGUUUGCCAACCUCUUCUCCUGGGAGGCCCAGGAGCUGGCCACCUCAGGGCCCACCGAGGUUGGAAGUGGUGUCACCGGUGGGCGCGGGAGGAAGCAUUCUCCCCUGAGCGAUCUCUGUCCAGCUCCCUCGGAUGCAACGCAGUGAUGCCAGAGCCAGAAUAUGACGUCAUUCUGGCUCCGGCCUCACUAAGCGGCGCACAAGGGAGCUGAACAGGAGGAUUGCUCCCUUAGUGCCUGCAGGACCGGCUGCCCCAGAGAAAGCGGGAAUCCCCUCAGCACUUCCAAAGGUAGGGAGGCUGGGGGAUUAAAUUAAUAAAAAAUGUAAGUGUGUAUGUGUGUUAGUGUGUGUGUGUGUUACUGUGUGUGUGUCUGUUACUGAGUGUGUUAGUUGUGUGUUAGUUUGUGUGUGUCUGUUAUUGAGUGUGUGUCCGCUAGUGAGUGUCAAUGAGUGUGUUAGCUUUUGUGUGUGUGUGUUACUGUGUGUGUUAGUUGUGCUAAUGAGUGUCAGUGUGUGUGUGUUAGUUUGUGUGUCAGUCAGUGUGUGUCAGUAAGUGUGUUACUGUGUGUCUGUUACUGAGUGUGUUAGUUUGUGUGUGUCUGUUAGUGUGUGUCUGUUAGUGAGUCUUUUUGUUGUCUGUUAGUGAGUGUGUGUUUGUCAGUGGGAGUGAAUGCUUUGUAAGGGAGUGUGUAUGCGUCUGUUUGUAAGAGAGUGUGUGGUUAAAACCCCUUCAGCGCUUACCUUUCUCCAGUGCCGGAUUCCUUGGCACUAGGGAUCUCUCCGCCCCGAUCCGCCUCUCAGCUCAGAAUGUGCAUGCACGUCAAGAGCCGUGUGCGCAUUCAAACCCCCCAUAGGAAAGCAUUACUCAGUGAGACAGCUACUUGAGGCUGGAUUAACCCUCAGUGAUAGGCUGCAGUUUUAAAACUAGAGGGACCUGGCAUCCAGACCACUUUAUUGAGCUGAAGUGAUCUGAGUGCCUAUAGUGGUCCUUUAAGUGUAUGUGUAUCUGCAUGCACUGGCGUACACACCGCAGUCGCAGUGGUCACAGCCCUGUGACCCUUGCUACCAGGUGCCCGCUGCCAUGUGUUGCAGCCCCGGCCCGCGCAGAGUAAGCGCCGGUGGAGGGUGGGGAGGCCAACGGAUCAAUUUUCACAUCGGGGCCCCAUGGAUCGUGUGUACGCCACUGGAUAGAGAGCCAUUCUAAUUUGCUCAAGAGGGUGUUCCACUGUAGUGAUCAAACAUCCCUGCAGUUAGAUUGUUGUAAUGUUGAGGAUUGGGAUAACCCUCAUUAGUCCAAAGGGGAGAGGCUCUGCUAUUGGCAGGUGGAUGACAGUGCACUGUCUGUCCAAGAUUCCUUGGCACUAGGGAUCUCUCUGCUGCUUCUCUGUUUCAGGGUACACAAUAUGCCACACUGCAUGUAAUUCUGCAGCGCUUUACAAUAUUAUGAAAGGGGGAAAAUUUACAAUAAAUCUGACAAUUACGCAGGAACAAUAGGUAGAUGAGGACACUGCUCAAACAGACUUACAGUCUAGAGGAUGAUAUGGAAUAGGUAGUUGCUUGAUUAUAUCCAUACUACUUCCUGAACCAAAUAUAUAAAAAUAUGGAUAAUAAAGGACCUUGUCUGAACAUUCUGAGAUAUCACUGGAUACCUGGGUUUUUAUUUUGCCUCUUUUAUCUUGUAAUGACAUAUAAAAUGAUACUAAAAGACUCAAACCUUAAAGUUUAAUUGAUCUUUUUCUUAUAUAUGGCUUCCAAAUAACUUAAUUUACAUACAGGUAUCAUGGUUAGUCAGUGGAAGAUGCAAUUGUAUGUUUACGUGUUUGAUAAAUAAUAAUUCAUUAUUUUGCUAUAUAUCUAAAAGGUAAUAAAUAGUUUAAAAUUAAAUGUAUUCUUAAAAUGGACAUUCUAAGCAUUACAGUUUGAUAUAGUAAUUCUGGUGCAAAAAGAUUGUUGCUGCUGUUUCAGCAAUGUAAACAAUGCCUUUUCUUAGAAAAGGUAGCUUAUACAUGGCUUCUACUCAGUCACUACAGGAACUCCCUUCAAUAUAUGCAAGACUAACAUGAAAGAUUUCUGUGAGGAGUAGAGUUGAGCGGACACCUGGAUGUUCAGGUCCAGCCGAACUUUGAAAAAAAGUCCGGGUUCGUGAUCGAACUUGCCACGGAACUUGACACCAUACCUGAACCCAAUGGGGACCCGAACUUUUGGCCACAAAAAAGCCUCUAAAAAAGUCCUGGAAAGGGCUAGAGGGCUGCAAAAGGAAGUAAAAUGGGGGUAAGAGUAGGACAAGUGCCUUGCAAACAAAUGUGGAUAGGGAAAUCACUUAAAAUAACAUAAAAAUUUAAAAUACAGCUGAGCCAUAAAAAUAGCACUAGAUGGAAUCUUUGAUUUUAGCUUUGGAACAACAUAAAUCAAAAUCUAAAGCAUGGCUGUCAGGAGGAACAACAAAAUUAUCCAUCUGAUGCAUGGAGAAAAGGCCUUCACAAGCCUCUGCUAUUGUGUACAUAGUUUAUACUAAGUGACCCAUAGGUUGAGGAGGCGGUGAUCGUGGCGAUGUAGGUGGAAGCGGCGGUGGAGGAGGUAGCCAACACUGUUUUUUAUUUUAAUAAUAAAGAAAAAAAAAAUAGGGAUGGAACAGUGCUAUCCAAACUGAUUACAACGGGGUGGGGGAGGCUGCAUACCUGAAAGGAAGGGUAACCCUCAAAACUCUUCAAAGGACUGGAAAAAAAGUAAACAACAAUUACAGGGUGCGCCAAGAACAAAGUAAAUAAAUAAAAUGUAUAAUAGGAAAAACAAACACACAGAGGGGACAAAUGGUGCAACAAUCUUAAAUGAAUUUGGCUACAGACAACACUGAGACUAAGAAAUGCCAACUCACAUUUAUGGGAGCUAUAACCAGCUCGAGUUAAAACAGCAUACACAUGGAUUCUUUGGAUGGUAUAAAAGCUUCAGAUGUUUAGGAUAUGCCAGGUAAAAGAUUAAGGAUAAAUCUUAAAGUAUUUAAAAUAAUCUGAAUUUUUUUUUAAAUUUAGAUUAAAACACAACGCGUUUCGCCACAAAAGGCUUCUUCAAGUGUACAUAAUGUUAACCUGGAACAUGUGGGUUUAUAUAAGAUCCAAACAAUCAUCAAUUUGAAAAUGGACCUUAUUUGACCUUUGACCCUAAAUGAGGUCACAUGGCAUGUUUCAAAGGUCAAAGGACAUAUAAACAGGAAGUAGAAAAACUAAAAACAAUAAACACAAUGUUACAUAGUUGACUGGGCAAAUUUACAUUUGAGCUGGAAAAACAGGUCAGUGGGCUUGUGCACCACCAGUAGAAUACACCCAACCCCUGAAGGACACAAGUUCAAAUACCCCAUCUCUCCAAGGCAAACACAAUCAAUAUACUGGUUAUGUCAAGUGGAGAGGGGGGUUUAUAAAUAUUAUUAAAAAAAAAUAGAAUAGAGACAAAACAGAAAUAAAAGGACAAUAAGGUUAAAUAUAGGGGCAAAAAUAUAUCAUAUAUACCCUUUUUCUUAUAAAAGACAUUAUUAACAGUAAGAUAAAUAAGAUUAUUAACAGGAUAAAUAUUGGAGUAAAAAUAUAUCAUUUUGUGGAGAGUAAACAUGUACAUUCUAUUUCUUAUAAAAGACAUAUAUAAAAUUUGUUUAUUUAAUUAAUGAUCUUUAUAAUUAUAAAACAGUGUUAUAGGGGAUAAUUAUAAAAAGUUAAAAAGGUCAAAAUCCACAUUUAGGCCAUCUGGUGUUAAUGUUUUCAAGUUAAAACCCCAUUCCAUUUCGUUUUUUCCCAAUAUUUUUUUAUUUCUCCUCCUCUCCAUGGGGUUGUGCAUGUUUGAAUGGCUGUAAAUUUUAGAUCGCAAGGAUUUUUUUGGUGGUGUGUCAGAAAAUGUUUGGAAACCAUAUGAUUUUCAUAACCAUUCUUGAUAUUUCUGCAGUGUUCAGAUAUCCUAAUUUUUAAACAUCUGGAUGUCAUGCCUACGUAUUAGAGGCCACAAGGGCACUCCUAUAGGUAGACUACAUUUUUUGUGUUGCACAUGAUAAUGUGCUUUAUAUUAUAUGUUUUAUUGGUGAUAUUGAAUUUAAAAUGCGUGAUUUUAUUUGGAACCAAAUCUUUUGUAGUUCUACAUAUGAUACAUUUUCUACAUUAAAAAAAAAACCUUUAGCAUUGGAUAAAGUAGAAGAUUUAAUUGUCUUUUUUUGUAUAGUUUUUAGUGAUAAGGCUUUUAAAAUUAGGGGCACCUCUAAAGAUAAUAUUUGGUUUUGCGGGAGAUGAUAUCCUUCAAGACGUUAUCUUGAAGUAGAAUGUGCCAAUGUUUUUGAAUAAUUUUUUUGAUGUCUCUAUUUUUAUUAUUAUAGUCAAAUAUAAUUGGAUUGAUGGAAAGUUCUUAUUAUUACUUUUUUUCUUUAUAUUUAAGGAGACAAUUUCUAUCCUUGAGCUCUACUUUCGUAAUUAUAGAGUUUCAUUUAUUUUCCGGGUAAUAUUUUUCUAAAAACUUAUUUUUUAAAAUGGUGGUUUGUGUAUUAAAAUCUUCUGGUAUAGAGCAAUUUAUUUUUAGUCUUAAAAACUGGCUUUUUGGAGCACUAUCAAGUCCUUGGUAUAAUGACAACUUUUAGAUAAUAACAAGAUAAACACAAUAACCUUUUUUAAGCAUGCACAACCCCAUGGAGAGGAGGAGAAAUAAAAAAAUCAACCCCAUGCACAACCCCAUGGAGAGGAGGAGAAAUAAAAAAAGAUAUUGGGAAAAACCGAAAUGGAAUGGGUUUUUAACUUGAAAACAUUAACACCAGAUGGCCUAAAUGCGGAUGUUGACCUUUUUAACUUUGUAUAAUUAUCCCAUAUAACACUGUUUUAUAAUUAUAAAGAUCAUUUAUUAAAUAAACACAUUUUAUAUGUCUUUUAUAAGAAAUAGAAUGUACAUGUUUACUCUCCACAAAGUGAUAUAUUUUUACUCCAAUAUUUAUCCUGUUAAUAAUCUUAUUUAUCUUACUGUUAAUGAUGUCUUUUAUAAGAAACAGGGUAUAUAUUAUAUUUUUUUUGCCUCUAUAUUUAACCUUAUUGUCCUUUUAUUUCUAUUUUGUCUCUAUUCUAUUUUUUUAAAUAAUAUUUAUAAACUCCCUUCUCCCCUUGACAUAACCAGUAUAUUGCUUGUGUUUGCCUUGGAGAGAUGGGGGGAUUUGAACUUGUGGGUAUAUUCGGCUGGUGGUGCACAAGCCCACUGACCUUUUUUUCCAGCUCAAAUGUAAAUUUGCCCAGUCAACUAUGUAAUAUUGUUUUUAUUGUUUUUAGUUUUUCUACUUCCUGUUUAUAUGUCCUUUGACCUUUGAAACAUGCCAUGUGACCUCAUUUAGGGUCAAAGGUCAAAUAAGACACUAUUUUCAAUUUGAUGAUUGUUUGGACCUUAUAUAAACCUACAUGUGCCAGGUUAACAUUAUGUACACUUGAAGAAGCCUUUUGUGGCGGAACGCGUUGUGUUUUAAUCUAAAUAAAAGUAUUUUUUUCAGAUUAUUUUAAAUACUUUUAUAUUUAUCCUUAUUUUUUACCUGGCAUAUCCUAAACAUCUGAAGCUUUUAUGCCAUCCAAAGAAUCCAUGGUGGGGAUCGUACCACCCAGGCGCUUAACACAGAGCGGUUUGUCUGCUCUGUAAAUUGUAAGUACAUCUGUUAUUUUAUCCAGCACUUUUUUUUAAUAUAGAGAGCACUAUGGGCCUUCUCUUGUGUUUUUAUUUCAUAUAACCUGCACUGAAAAUCUCGUGAGAGGAAUAUCCUACAUGUGAGGAGUUUAAAUAACACUGUAUGCUGUUUUAACUCGAGCUGGUUAUAGCUCCCAUAAUGUGAGUUGGCAUUUCUUAAUCUCAGUGUUGUCUGUAGCCAUACUCAUUUAAGAUUGCUGCACCAUUUGUCCCUUCUGUGUGUUUGUUUUCUUCCAUAUAUGCUGAUGAGAACUUGACCCAAGACGUCCUGAGAAUUUCUGAAGAAUAUACCUGUGAAUUAGAGACUUUAAUUUGCCUGUUUCCCUGGUAUUUUUUUCCUAUUAUACAUUUUAAUUAUUUACUUUGUUUUUGGCACACCCUGUAAUUGUUGUUUACUGUUUUUUUUGUUUGUUUUUUUAUUGGGGUAGCCCCCAAAAUAUUGGGACAUAUAAAAAAAGAAACAUUUGCGGCCUGCGGUGCAUUUCUUGCAGUCCUGAUCCAUGGAGAAAUGCUAAACUCCUGAUGCAUGGAGAAAAUGUCUUCACAAGCCUCUGCUAUUGUGUACAUAGUUUAUACUAAGUGAGCCAUAGGUUGAGGAGGCGGUGACCGUGGCGGUGUAUGUGGAAUCGGCGGUGGAGGAGGAGGAGGAGGUAGCCAACAUUUUUUUUAUUUUAAUUUGGGUUGCCACCAAAAUAUUGGGACAUAUAAAAAAAGAAAACUAUUCCGCAGAGGGACUGACUCAUGCGUGCUGCAUCUGAAACUCCACUAUCGUCUGCUUCUGCUCGCACAGUCUCAUGAGGCGGUGAGCGGAAAGGUCGAAGUUACGCUGCAGCGCAGACAGGCAAGCAGCAGAGAACGCCAAAAAUGCCAAAAGCACGCAAAAGCACGCACAGACAGCCCGCACUUUCUGCAGAAGCUCUGAUAUAUCUUACUAUACACCGUGGCAUCACAAGGGCCAUCCAGAACUGGCUCAACUUCCAUCAAGCCAAGUUCCUGGAGGAGAUCACCCAGCUCGUCAUGCUAGAGCACUUUUUCAAUGUGCUCCCCAACGAGAAUGCGACGACGCAUUCAUGUGUCAAUCCAUAUCAACUUUCAAAUGCCUUUGACCAUGCGUCCACAGUAAUUUUUCCGGGGUGGGGCAUAAUUGUAAUGACAUCCAUGCUUUGUCCCUUUUUGACAGUGUCAUGAAAGGGAGGACCAUAGUCAUUAUCACAUAAAGCCAGGGUGAAUAGCAUUUUCACAACUAUGAUGUCAGGAAUACAAACACUAUGGUGUUCCUUUAAGCAAAUUAAAGGAACAUUCUGGUAACCAUAACAAUUUAAUCUAAAUGAAAAUGCUAUGAUGCCAGGAAGCCCCUGGGUGCUCUCUUUCCUUUAAGGGGUUAAACCGCUCUCAAAUGGUUUAACCCCAAAGGCUUUCUCCAGCUCCAGAUUUCCAGGUCUCCAGUG